AUGAAGGUUGCAAAGUUUUCAUUAAUUCUUAACUUGUUCUUUAUCUUCAGCUUAUAUUUUGAUAAAUUAUACUACACCUCGAUAUGUAACAGCUUAGCAGAUGUUGGAACCAUUUUAAGAUAUAAAAGAAUUUUAAGUGAUCCAAAAAGUAGUACUACAAAUACGAAUGAGAAGAAUACUGAAGGUUUGAAUUCUCCCACAAAAACAGAUAACGCAAGUUCUUCUGGGAAUAAUAUGAAUGGAGGAAAUAAUCCAUCGAACACUGCCACUACCCCCCCUUCAACAGUUGCAAAGGGGAAGGACACCCCUACAGUUAAUACAAUUAAUGCAGAAACCAAGGCUAAUUUGGGGGAAGGUAAUAAUGGAGGGACAGUAAAUGAUGAUCAUGUUGAACAUUAUGAAGAUUAUGAAAAUGGAGAUGAUGAUUUAUACGAUUUAAACGAAUUGGAUGAAAAUGCAAAUCUGUGCUUAGAUAACAAUGGCGGAUGUGGAAAUGAUAAAAUAUGUGAGAAUUUGGGGAAAGGGAUUGUUAAAUGUUUGUGUAAACCUGGUUAUAAAUUGGUUGGUAUUGAAUGUGUGAAAUCAUCAAAAUCGUCCUCCUUAAAUUCAGUUUUUUGUUGGUUUUUAUUAGUAAUAAUCAUUUUAGCUUCGAUAAAUUAG